GCGGGGCCUCUCCUGGUUCCUGCCCCGCCCCGUUUGGCGGCGCGGCGGUUGGCGCCUCCGCUGUCAGUGUCCGAGCGUGCGGCGGCGGUGGCAGCGGCAGCGGCGCUUCAGCCCGCUCCGGAGCUGGGCGGCGAGAGCGGGGACACCCCAGGCCUACCGCGUGAGAGCUGCCGCAGGAGCAACGAGGACUAAUCCCGGGAGAAGCCAGGCCUACUGGAUGAGCAGACUGUCCCUGGAGAAGCCUGGAGUUGAUAGGCGCUAGGUCUGACGAGUGAGAGCCAUCCUGAACGCUGCUGGGAUUUCUUAUGUUCUGCUCGGACAGACUCUCUUGGGAAAAUCCAUGAUUGAAUGGAUGCUGUUGAUUUAAACUGGGGUAAAAGGAAAAAAAUCCUUAUAUAGCCUAUCGUAUCCAACAGGCCUGUGAUAGAUCAUCACUCAACUCUAGAAAGAGAGCUGUGGUGGAAAUAAAUUGAGCCAAACGAAGAGAGAUUCUGGCAAUUUUUUGAGUGAGAAGAGUUGCUGAUAAAAUAAAGUGAUCUGGAAAUCCCAACGAUAAACUGAGAUUUGCUGAAGUGCAUAAAAAUAAAUCUUGAUCAAAACUGAGUGUAAACCAAAAUUUGGAUUAAACGGUUCAGAGGCUUUUUGGAUUAAACUGAGAAAUUUGCCUUGGGUAAAGAUACUAAUCCUGGGAGACAGCAGACAAGACAAACCUGUUUCAGUCUUGCUAAAUGGUUUGGAAUCUGCAAGUGGGUUGAAGCUGUGCUUGACUGCGAACAGUUAGAACUUGGAUGCUGCAGCAUUUUGAGUCGAGACUUUGCUGCCUUUGGAAUUAAUCUGGCACUGCUCCUGGGAUAUCAGACACUUUACUUCCUACACCAUUUUGGGAUAUAAAGGUGCAGAGUGAACUAAGAAACUCGAACAUAUCCAUUGGGGACUGAUGCUGAGGAAGAGCUGACAUACAAAGGGAUAAAGUCCGUAAUAUUAUACAGAAAUGGAUGUGUGGUCAAGAGUAGCAGUGUGGAUCCUGUGUGGUUUUCUUCUGCACCAAGGACAGGGGGAGAGGCCCCCAGGUACCUAUUUGGAUGAAACUGCAAUUGCAGAGUUCUGUCGAAUUGAUGAGCCCUUGUGCCACAUCGAAGAUGAGCAGCUCAGCUUUGAAGCCGUCUGCAAUAUCCACAAGCAGAUGGACGAUGACGCCAAUGGCAACGUGGAUGUAGAGGAGAGCGAUGAGUUCCUGAGGGAAGACUUAAAUUAUCAUGACCCAACAGUCAAACACAGCACCUUCCAUGGGGAGGAUAAACUCAUCAGCGUGGAAGAUCUCUGGAAGUCAUGGAAAACGUCCGAAGUGUAUAACUGGACAGUUGAUGAGGUGGUGCAGUGGCUAAUCACCUAUGUAGAACUGCCACAGUACGAAGAAACCUUCAGGAAACUGCAGCUCAGUGGACAUGCCAUGCCCAGGUUAGCGAUAAACAACGCCACCAUGAUGGGAACUGUACUGAAAAUGACUGAUCGGAGCCACAGGCAGAAGCUGCAGCUGAAAGCCCUGGACACAGUGCUGUUCGGACCUCCUCUCUUAACUCGUCAUAACCACCUAAAGGAUUUCAUGUUGGUGGUGUCCAUUGUCAUUGGAGUGGGUGGCUGCUGGUUUGCCUACAUCCAGAACCGCUACUCAAAGGAGCACGUGAAGAGGAUGAUGAAAGACCUAGAAGGGCUUCAUAGAGCUGAGCAGAGUCUACACGACCUUCAAGAAAGGCUGCAGAAGGCCCAGGAGGAACACCGCACGGUGGAAGUGGAGAAGGUGCAUCUGGAGAAGAAGCUCCAAGACGAGAUCAGCAUCGCCAAGCAAGAGGCACACCGGCUGCGGGAGCUGCGCGAGGGGACGGAGAACGAGCUGAGCAGACAGAAGUACGCGGAGCAGGAGCUGGAGCAGGUCCGAAUGGCGCUGAAGAACGCAGAGAAGGAGCUUGAAUCCCACUGCAGCUGGGCUGCACCAGAGGCCUUGCAGAAAUGGCUCCAGCUGACCCAUGAAGUGGAGGUCCAGUACUACAACAUCAAGAAACAGAAUGCAGAGAAGCAGCUGCUGGUGGCCAAAGAGGGGGCUGAAAAAAUUAAAAAGAAGCGAAACACCCUCUUUGGAACAUUUCAUGUUGCUCACAGCUCAUCCCUAGACGACGUUGAUCAUAAAAUCUUAACUGCGAAGCAAGCCCUGAGCGAAGUGACAGCUGCACUGCGGGAGCGCCUACACCGCUGGCACCAAAUCGAGCUGCUGUGUGGCUUCCAGAUUGUCAACAACCCAGGCAUCCACACGCUAGUGACAGCCCUGAACAUCGAUCCCAGCUGGGUGGGCACUUCCCGGCCCAACCCAGCGCACUUCAUCAUGACUGAUGAUCUGGAUGAUCUGGACGAAGAGAUUGUGUCUCCCAUGUCCAUGCAGUACGCAGCCUGGCUUUUGGGGCGCAGGUUCAGUGACCGCUCGUCUAUCUCCACGGAGGAUCUGUCCCUCUGGAAACACCCCGCUGCCCCCUUGCCGAGCGGUGUCCGCCAGCGCGUCGUGGACCCGCAGCACUCCCUCGGAUCUCAGAGGUUGGUAGAGAGUUACGUGCAUGGCCAGAACGAGCCAGGCCAGCCUGCCCAUUACCUGACAGGCAGAGUUGCUCUCCGUCGAAUGCACAGCCUCACUUCUGGACAGUCUUUUAGUUCCGACGCUCAUGGAACCAGCCCAGCGUCUGUCACCACCGUCUCUUCCACCUCUUGCUCCUCCACCGCCACCACCACUGCAUCUUCUCCUGCUUGCCAUGCCCACCCUAUCUAUUACCAUCACACCUCCUCCUCUUAUAUCCUCCAGCUGGACUCCACCCCUGACCUGCCCCCUCCUGAUGUCACCUCGGGGAUUCGCUGCCACACUGAGAGCUUUGGGGACCUAACUCACUCCGACUCCGAUUCCUCCUUCCCGUACAUGAGCGACCAUCAGCGCAUCCCAGGCUCUGCUCCCAAGCUCCUGGCCGCCAGGGCCCCCCUGCUGACCAGGUGCGCAGAGGAGGCGGCUUCAGGCCACCCUGCCGGCUGCACCCCGACCUCCAACGGAGGCAGCAGGCACGGCGAGGCCUCCUCGCUGGGGGCUUUGCAGGAGCGGCUGGCCGAGAGCCCGGUGGUGGCAAAGAAGAUGAUGAUGCUGAACCAUGGUAUGGAGAAGUCCGCCAGCCUCGGGGAGAUCAGCCACGCGACGGCAGGCAGGCAGAGCCACUCUGAUUCCUCCCGCUCACACAGCCCCAGCUCCACCGAGCCCGACACGCCCUCCCCCAUCUCUGACUCCAGGCCCGGCAAUGCUAAGAACACCCGCAUCCCGCAGCUGGCCGCCAAGAAGAACGCCGGGGAAGAGGACAGCGGCUCCACGGGCGAGGAGACUGACUCCAGCCAGGGCAAGAAAAAGUUCCCCCUAAAGAUCUUCAAGAAGCCCAAGAAGUAGGAGGAGGAGGAAAGCCAGCCACCAACCCAAUCCAUUGGGCAGGGAGGGGCGGGGCACAGAGCCACGGGCGAGGGCACCUUCCCACCCCUUCCAGGAGCCACAUGGGUGGGGUGCUUGCAACUGCCCCCCCCCCUCCUCCCCGCCCCCAGAACCCCUCUGCCUCCCAAUCAAGUUAUGUAAAAUCUGCAGGGGGAAGAGCUAUUUCAAUGUAUUUAUUUCCUGAGGUGGAAACCAGCCGCCCUUCUCCCUCCCUCCCUCCCGUUCAGUAGCCCCCUGCUUUGCUGUGCAUGGCUUCUCCUGACUCCCGAGUGCUCCCGCCUCCCCUCGCCCACACGGCAGUUAGGGUUUGGUUAACGGGCUUUGAUUUUUCCCCUUUCGGCUUCUUCGGGACUCCUGCAUGCGCGGCUCCUGCUCAGCUCGAGAGCCCCACCGGGGCGGGGUCCCUGGCCCAGACCCCCCGCUUGCAUCUAUGCACCCGCCGGGCUUUGGCCUCCCUCUCGCCUGGGCUGGGGCAGCGGCUCCGGGCGGUCAGGGCCUAGUCCUGGCUACUCAGGGUUGAAUCCGCUGCGUGGCUUUGCAGCUCUCGGGGGGGGGGGGGCAGUGUAGGGCACCUGGGGACAGAUGCCCCGUGGCUGGGGUGACUGGAGGAGGACGGGGCUUAUGCGUUUUUGGCAGGGGAAAGCAGAAGGCGCCUGCCAGCGAGUGGGUUCAGGGCUUUGUGUGGAGGGCGCAAGGGCCUGGCCGGUGUUUCUGCAUUCAGGAACCGUGGCCAAGUCUAUUCUAGGCACUGUUUGUUUCUUUAGCUGGCUCAGGGGAUGGCUGCAGCCUGCCGGGUGGGGGCCUGCUCGGUGAGGAUCCCCCAGCAGGCCCUGCUCUGGCUCAGCCUUCCCCGCCGCUGGAGCUGGAGCUGGGCUUCCCUCGGCCAGGGACGCACUGGGCAAAGGAAAUCGGGUCCGGGGGAGGCAGGUGCUGCGAACCCCAGAGCAGCCUCCCACCAGGUCCCGGGGCCGCAAGCCGAGUGGGGACAGCCAGGCCCCUUCACUGAGCUGCCAGGGUUAGGGCCAGAGGCUGGGCUGCUCCCCGGGACCUGGCCCCCGCGGGUUGGGGGUGAAUGAGAAUUGGGGGAGGGGCUGCAAUGGCUUGAGGGGGAGUCGGCUCUGCUGUGCACCGAGGAGGGACUUGGCGGUUCUAAUGCUGCCCGGCCUCCGGGGCGUCCUGCCUGCUGUGAUUGCUGGGGGUGCCACAGCAGGAGCACAAGGCCAGGCUGGGGGCGCUCGGUGGUUUCUGGGGCGGGCGGAGUUCUUACUUCCCAGGGCAGCUGCAGGCAGCCUGUGUCUGCCCCUCGGGGCUGGGCUGCUGCAGGGGGAGCAGCAUGGGGAGGGGACGGGAACCAGAGCCGUCUCUUCGGCUGGUGGGACGCCUGCUGCGGCCGCAUGGCCAGGGAGGAGCGAUUGGCCUCGGCCACGCUCUGCUCUGCCCCGGGGGGGGUUCCCCUGUGCAGCUCUGCUCCCUGUUUAGACUAGAACCAGGCCGGAGGGGCCAGCAGCCGAGAGCCCCCCAGUGCCCCCAGCUGGAGCAGUGUCAGUGACCGAUUGACCCACUGACUUGCUACCUCCACGUGGACGGCUGGAACCUGUCUGCAACCUUCACUUGAAGGAGAGCACCCAGCCCCCCCACCCGCCUGUGCACUGCCCCCCACGCCUGAUCCCUCCCCCCACGGAGCCCCAUGGCGCUGGGCCUGGCGUGCUGCCUACUCGAUUGUGGAGGAAGCCUGUGCUCUCGGGGAGCAGGGCUGGCUGCAAGGCUCCUUGGGGAGGGGAGGGGAGGGGAGGGCUGGCGGGGGCCUUUGCUUGGAGCUGGUGUAAUGAGGUGUUUUAGAGCCGGUAGCUAGACGAUUAUUGUUGCUUUGAGAGCAGUGAAAAAUCCUCCACAUUGAUCAAGUGCCUGCGAUUCCUCACGCUCCUGCCCCCUGGCUGCUGCUGGCCCCCGUGUCACCCGCGAGCCCCAGCGAGAGGGGCCAGCCCCUCGUCCUGCUGCAGGGGCGGUGGCCAGCUCGUGCCAGGGAGCCCGGGUCCCAGCCCUUUCCUGACGGUCCGUGAUGGGUGUUACGCCAGCUUGGGGCCGGGCCCGAUCCACACAGCUUGGAUCGCGCUGGGCGGUUUCAGAGCAGCUCCGCUGGCUUGGGAAAGGCCCCCACACCCCGCUGAGGGAAGCCCUGGGGCCGUGCCUUGCCGCAGUGCCCAGCUCCCUCCUGGCAGUGGGUCCAGAGCAGGGUGGGAAGGGCCCCGGAGAGGUGUCUCUCAGCCCACCCCCAGCAGGCCCGGCUGCUGUGCUGCUUCCUCCCUGCUCCGAGCACGGCCCGUGGGCAGGGCACCCCACGCCGCUGCUUGCUGGAGAAGGUGGUGCCAUUUAUAAAGCAGCGAUUGUGCCGCAUCUGCCAAGUCUGAUUUGUUUUGUCAUUUCAUAAAACUGUUUUCAAUCCAAUAAAGCAUGUAGGAGAUUUUGA